AUGGCCUCGUCUCUUAACGAGUUAAACUUGGUUCAAGUACUUGAACAAGCAAGUAACCCACAACAUAUUAGGUCAGAUGUUCAAAAAUUAGCCGAACAACAACUAAGACAAUGGGAGACUCAAGCGGGAUUUCAUUACUUAUUACAGUCAAUCUACCUUAAUUUAUCUAAUUCUUUACAAAUUAGAUGGUUGGCGGUAAUUCAAUUUAAGAACGGCGUGGAUAAAUACUGGAGAUCCACUAGAAUUAACGCUAUACCUAAAGAUGAAAAAGCCUCGAUAAGAGGUCGUCUUUUUGAAAUGAUCGAUGAACAGAAUAAUCAACUUUGUAUUCAGAAUGCCCAAGCUUCCGCAAGGAUUGCAAGGCUAGAUUUUCCCGUAGAGUGGCCAACCUUAUUUGAGGAUCUAGAAAACCUAUUGAACGAUGAGAUCAUCAGAAAAGAUUCAGUUAAGAUUUACAAUAUAUUGAUGCAUAUAAAUCAAAUCGUUAAAGUAUUAGGUACUGCGAGAAUAGGAAGGUGCCGACCCGCUAUGCAAAGUAAAGUUCCUUUGAUAUUACCACUAAUUGUCAGGAUUUAUUUACAAUCAUUUGAAGAAUGGACGACAUCCUCCAAUCUCAACUACGAGGAUCUUUCCAGUUUACAAGUUUCUUACCUAGCUUUGAAAGUGCUCAGAAGGAUAAUUUGUGAAGGAUACGACCGCCCUCAAACCGAUCAGUCUGUUUGCGAUUUUAUUAAACUAUCCGUUUCACACUUUGAGAUGUUAAUUUCAAACCAUGAAAACUUCAAAAAGUUUGAUAUUUACGAAAAGUUUAUCAAAUGCCUAGGAAAGUUAUAUUUCAAUUUAGUCACUGGCUCUCCGGCUAAUUUCAUAUUACUGCCAUGCUCUACGCAAAUUCUAAUCACUUAUACUAGGCUAAUUUUCGAUAAGGCCCCUAAAGUAUAUAGAGAGAAUUCUGAUGUCACGGGGGACUUUUGGGAACAGACUGCUAUUAGAGGGCUUUUAAUUUUGAAAAGGGUCAUUAAUUUCAUUCACAAAAAGGGGGCAAUUACGUUAAAAGCAAGAAGUGAUAAACUAACCAUAGAUGCUUCUAUCAACAAAAUCAACACAGAAUUUCUGAAUGAGAAUUUGAUAACAAGGUUGGUUGACACUUUAAUGGAAUGGUACUUGAGGUUAAGACCAACUGAAUUAGAAAAUUGGUUUAUGGAUCCAGAAGAAUGGAUAAACGAACAAAUGGCCACGAGUUACGAAUAUCAAAUCAGACCAUGUGCAGAGAACGUUUUUCAAGACUUAAUGAAUACUUUCUCUGAGCUGUUGGUUCCCUACCUGUUAAAGAAAAUUGAAAAUGAUGCUUCAAAGCUAUCAAACUCAUUAGACGAUUUUUUAAGGAAAGACGCAAUUUAUGCAAGUUUCCAAUUAAGUGCAUCCGCUGUUAGUGAAAUGGUAGAUUUUGACAGGUUACUAAUUCAGGUUUUUUUACCAGAAGCUACAAAUACAAACAUAUCAGGCGACGAAUUAAGGAUUAUCAGAAGAAGAGUUGCUUUAAUUAUAAACGAAUGGUCUACUGUGAAGUGUUCGGAAGAAUCUAAAAGUUUAUGUUACAAGUUAUUUACAAACUUCCUGACAGAUGAAGACGACAAAGUUGUUUUGUUAACCACAGUCCAGACUGUCAGAACCAUGGUUGAUGACUGGAACUUCAACAAGGAUACUUUUCAGCCAUUUUUAACUGAAAAUGUUCAUUUAUUGUUGAGGAAAAUUUUACCAUCUGUGUCGUUAACCGAGACAAGGCUAUAUGUUUUAAACACCUUGAGCGAUAUCAUAAUUCAAACAAAACCUUUAAUUAGCAGGGAUCUAUUAGUCGAAAUUUUGCAAAUCAUACCAAACCUUUGGGAAAUAGCAACAAAUAAUGCUAGUGAGGCUAUUUUGGCAAACGCAUUGUUAAGGUUAUUGAGAAAUUUGGUAUCAUCUUUGGGAUCACAGUCACAUUUAACGUGGGAUAUCGCCAUACCUGUGGUUGCAUUAGCCUGUGAUCCCUCUUCUAUGCAAUAUCAGUUGUUAAGCGAAGACGGGUAUGAACUAUGGGGCAUGCUUCUUCAAAAUUUUUCAUCCCACGAUCAAGAGUUUGACGAUAAGUUCGUUGAAUUGGUGCCAUUUCUAAAGUAUGGUAUUGAGACACACACAGAGAUUCUCCCAACUUUACUUGAAAUUAUCAAAAGUUAUGCUCUGAUUCUGAAUCCUGUGGAUUUUUUCUCUAACAACACAUUUCAAGAUAUUUUUAAACAAAUGUCUAAAUAUCUUUUAAAGUUAAGGGAAGAUUCAUUUCAGUUGGUUUUAGAAAUCUGGGAAAUUUUGAUAUUAUCCAAUGAGUCGGAUUACGAAAAUCUGUUAUUGCAAAAAUUCUAUGAAACCGGAGUAUUAUCAGCAUUAUUCGAUGCCAUUUUCCUGGAAGAAGCUCCUUCAUCUUAUUUAUGCUCGCAAAUCAUUCAAAUCAUCGCUAGAAUAUCCUACGUGAAUCCAGACGCCUUAAUGACUUUUUUAGCUACAUAUCAUGACAAUCUACCAACUUCUAACGAAAAUGCACGCAUGCCGGAAUCAAUAAGAAAAAUUGUGUCUAAGGAUCAGACGUAUGAUUCCGUUGUAAACAAGCUUUUAACCGGAUGGAUAGUAUGUUUUAGAGAUAUCUUUGAUCCUAAAUUCAAAAAAGUUCACAUAUUAGGUAUUUCAAGUUUACUAAGGACUGGUUUAGUUCCUAUUUUGACUGAGUUUUCAUCCAUCGCAUCUUUAUGGAUCGAAAUGCUCGAAGAAAUUAAUGAAACUAAUCGUGGGGAUUGCGAAAAAUACCACUUGAAUGAUAUUGUUACAGAGCAAUCAAUUGCAUUCCAUCCUUUAACUGCCGAACAAUUAAGAUAUCAUCAAUUAUGCAAAAACAAUGAUCCAGUGCAUAACAUUAGUUUAAAAGAUUUUAUUUCCCAAUCAAUGGAAUAUCUAGAAUCACAUUUAGGAGUAGAAAGGUACCAAGAAUUUUUGAAGACUAUUAACCCUAGUUUACUAGAGAACUUACAAAUGUUUUUAUCCAUCCAGCCUCAAGAGGCUCGUCCAUGA